GAGUGCAGCGCCAAACUGGGGCUCUCGUGGCAGCGCAGAAUUCUCGUCUGUAUUCGAGCCAAGCUGCAGAGGCUGUCCUGGACAAGAAUGUAGUCGGCAGGGACGCCGCCACGACAGCUGAGAAGGUUGAGAAGACGGCUCUUAAUGUGGAGUCAAAAUCUUUUGCUGUCAACAUGUUUAAAGGGCAAAUCAGCACUUCUCAGGUGUUCCCCUUCCCCUCAGUGCUCAAUGAGGAGCAGGCGCAGUUCCUCAAUGAGUUGGUUGGGCCGUGCAGUAAGUUUUUUGAAGAGGUGAACGACCCCAUGAAGAAUGAUGCUCUGGAGAUGGUGGAGGAACGCACAAUGGAAGGCCUGAAGGAGAUGGGAGCUUUUGGUCUUCAGGUGCCCGCAGAUCUUGGUGGCGUUGGCCUCACCAACACACAGUACGCCAGGCUGGUAGAGAUUGUUGGGAUGCAUGAUCUGGGUGUGGGCAUCACUCUUGGCGCCCAUCAGUCCAUUGGCUUCAAGGGCAUCCUGCUGUUUGGUAACCCCCAGCAGAAAGAGAAGUACCUCCCAAAGCUGGCCACUGGAGAGAACAUCGCUGCCUUCUGUCUCACUGAACCAGCGAGCGGUUCUGAUGCAGCCUCCAUUAAAACCACUGCAGUUCGCUCACCCUGCGGCCAGUACUACGACCUGAGUGGAAGCAAGAUCUGGAUCAGGUGUGUGUGGUCUUAUCAUUAACAUAUACAAAUGGCAAACGUAGA